AUGCGUGAAAAACUUCAGAUGGAAGGAGACCUUGUUGGGAGUAAGAAUUAUGGCGAUCAUGGGGUUUUUGGAUAACUAAGCAGCUACUUUUGUAGGCAAGUGUGUGGGCAAGCGGACGAAGAACUACGGCAGUGAAGUUUCGUCGUGAGGUUCUUCUUAUCUUCUUGUCGUUCACACUAAGUAUGUUAGUUUGUACAGUCUUCUGAUCAUCUUCUUGUUCUGAUGGAAAUAUACGGCCUUCAGCUUUACCUCUUAUAGCUUUUCGUCUAAUCACUCGAGCACGACCACAAACGACCUCCAACGAGCGGUGUUGAUUUCCACACCUCGAAAGUGACAAGAGGGCUGCCACUAGGAAGCUCGAAGCUAAUUACUCCAGGACCGGGCAACUACAAUGUUCUCCGAGACGGUAACGCUCCUGGUGCAGAACCAGAGAGUUUUCAGUUUAAGAGCAAGACGCUAUUGUCUUAUCAACGAGCAGAAAAAGAAGCGAGUAACGCAGGACCGGGACCGGGAAGGUACAACUAACUUGUUAAUAGUCUGCUUCUGUUGAAGAUUUCAUGGAGUCAAGAACAACGAGAAGUUGGGUAUACAGCGACCACUAUCAGUUUCAGUUGUAUUAAGACUUAUGAAAGAAUAUACUUACAAAUAGAUGAGAUGAAAUAAAAUCAAUAAAUGAUAUAUUAACAUUUGAUGUUUAUAUUAAACAUUAGGAACGCAAACGCUCUUCUCAAUCUGAAACAACCCAUCCAAUCAGCUACCACGAAACGAAUACAAAUCCAAAGCCUAGAUGGGCAAUAGAAAAAUACGAUUUUGGCUCGAAAUCAGAAAGAUUAAAAGGCGAUACCACCAUGCAGAUGAACGCAGUGCCAGGUAUAUGUGGAAGUGAUAGUUUGUUGUAUUUCCAAUGGAAGAUGAGGAUGUUGAAGAUGUUGACCAAUGAUGUCCUAAGGAGACUUUACCGAUGUAGUCGAACAACAAGAUAGAGUUCCAUGUCGUGCACUUUCUCCAUCCUCUUGUUAAUUGCAUAUCCCUCACACCAGGGCCUGGCGCUUACCAGGUGCAGAAAGGCAUUGGUGGUGGUUCAUCAAGCAGUGCUGCGGCUGGAAGCAGUGGCGCUGGUGGCGCUACAUCCUCGUCUGGAGGGGGUAGAGCGAGUGCUUCAUAUGGCGCCCCAAAACACAAAAAGUUUGCGGGGGUCCACAAUUUAAGAGCAUACUACUUAGCCACAGGCUCGCUCUUCCACCUAUGAUCAUAGUUUAGCAACAAGAACAAGAAGUACUAAAAGAAAUCUUCAUCUUCUAACCGAACCCGCCGUAAUUAUGGCUUUGCAGGAAAUGGAAGGUGUUCCUCUGUCUGCAUUCACGUCUUCAGACGUGAGGAGUUGCAACAGGGAACGAAGGGCUGACGGAGCGCCACCACCCGGAAACUACUACAACGAUAUGGAUAAGCUCUAUGGCAGCAUUACGAAUCGGGUCGAGCAAAAGAGCGCAGUGGGUAGACUGGUAAUACAAGUAAUUGUGGUUGAUGUAAGUAAGUAAGUACGCAUAGGUAUACUCCAUAUUUAAAGAACAGGUUACUUUGACUUAUCUUGUCUUCGAUUUACCAAGACCACGCAUCCAACUGAACUUCUGGUAGUACAGCUAUCCUAAACUACCACCAGGGCGUAUUCGGGUCCAGAGCAGAGCGCUUUCCGACAAAGCGGGAUGAAGGAGGAGGAUUACCGGAACUAGAGGAAGAGCACCAACCGGGUUCAGCAAGGAAGAGCGGUGGGGGACCUCUUGGAGGCGGUUCUGGGUACUAUAGUUUGUGGUCUGGUGAAAUCUAAUCUUCAUGUUGAUACAACUCGACUCGUCACCAGCUAGUCCUUUUACCAUCAAUAUUCAUAUUGUUGAACAUGUCAAACAUGAAAUGAAUUGUUCUUGUCGGAGUCCUCAUGAUGUUCUCUUCUCUGGAAAAAUUCCUCGUUCUUGAAUGAUCAAAAAACUGAUGUCCAGCAGGACCUCCGCAUCCGCCUCUGCAUCUAAAGCAGGCAUCAGUACAGAUGAUUCGUUGUUUCGCAGUUCAUCUUUUACGACUGAUCAAGAAGAGGCAUCAAAAACGGUGCCGAAAAAACCAAUGAAAGGACCUGGUAGGCGACCGGAGGAAGCGACAACAUGUAGGUUGACUUUUUAAUUGCUUCUUGACAAAUCAGCGGCUCCGAAUUUUUGUUGAGUUAUUCAAUGGAAAUAGGAAGUUUAUUACACGACUGUUGACGAGAGGAUAAAGUAGGUAGAUAGAUGACGAGCUAUGUUCUUCGAUGCAAAAAUCACAGGCACCGUAGCGGAUGGCGGUCUAGGUGCAACUGCUGAGACUGCGGCAAAAGCAGCGGCAAAAGAACGGAUUGCAGCAGCACGAGAGGCGAGGGGGCAAGCUCCGGGUCCAGGAACAUAUGUUCCUAAUCUUAUGCCUUUCACCAUCACCACAUUAACAUAUUGAUUUUGGGUGAGACGAGUGUUCUUAAUAUUCCACAAGAAGUUGUUACUCAGGUUGUUAUCGUUAUGUUUUUGUUUUCCCCGUCGUCCUUCGGAGAUUACCUCCUCCUCCUCAAUCGUUGUGACGAAUACAUCAUCGGCAGAAACUUUGGCUUUAUUCUAUCAUGUUCCUUUUCUAAUCCCCUGAACCCUUCCUAUCGGAAUCCGUAUCGCCCAGCUCGACAAGAGCACGUGAGCUUUGGAUCUAGUGCGGACCGGAUGCACGGACCUCAACCACCUGCCAAGCCAAGUCCAGCAGAUUACACACCAGUCUUGGCGGGGAGCAUAGCAGAUUUGACAAGAAGGCCCUUGAAACCGGGAGCACCGAAAUUUAAGGCAAAAGGAGGAAUUAGUGGUGGUGGUGGUUUGUUUUUGUAAAGUCGAUCAGGAAGAGUCAUGCAAAUGCAUCUUCGUGAUCAGUGAUUCUCGAUGAACUCUCUCAUGACCUCCUUGAAUUCCGCUCGGUCAGAACUACGCGGAUUCAGAAUUGUUGUCUGUUACCGAAAGCUAAAGCUUGAGCCUCUAAGAAAUCGACCGGUCGCAGCCUGAAGCCAAAGGCGCCUGGAGGCGAAGCGCCGGGUCCGGGAAGCUACGACUUGAGCAAGGGACUACUCAAGAAAAGCUACAACACGACUCUGAAUCGUCGUUUUGCGUGA